AUGUCUUCGCGUAAACACAAAAGUAUGGUGCCUAAUGAAAACUUUCCGAUCAUAUUUGCUACGCCCGACCAACUUCCAGCAAAGAGACAGCGCAGGACUCUUGUUGCAUUCAAUACUGAGGCUGACUUUCAGGCCGAGUGGCAGCGACUCAUAGACGAACGACGACAAGCCGAGACUGAAAUUACAGAUGCACGAAAAAAGGACCAGGAAGAAGCAACUCGCAUUUCUGCAGCAGAGAAGGCAGCAGAAUCUGCAUUGCACCUCAAGAUCGUCCUCUCAUCUGCUGUGGCUGCCAGUUUUCCCACUCUGUUUGACUUCCUCUCGGAGCUCUGGCAAACCAAGGACACUGCCAUGUCUUCUCGUACGUCUAAAAUGUUGGACCGUCACAGAUAUGAGCUGCUGGAGAUGAUGAGAGAGAGGAGGUCCGAGGUGGUGGAAGGCUGGGCCACUGAGCUUGCAAUGGCCAGCAUUGCUAAGGAGGGGAAGAGGCUCGCAGAUUUUCUGCGGCCACAGGAAGGAGCUGGUAUUGGCGACCUUCUGAAGAGCUGGUCCUUACGAAACAUCUUGGAUGAGGCAAGGGAGAUGGCACCUAUGUUGUGUGAGGUUCUUCGCAGAGCUGGCAUGCAGCACAAGCAGGAUACAGAUGGGAGGGAGUCACGGCGUGAUCGGGAUCUGAUUUUCUCCACCGUUAUAUGCAUGCUCGCACAGGUGUACAGUGAACACUCCAAUGAGACGCAGACUGUACUGUGCCUCUACCUUCUAGCGUGCAGCACCUCACGAUUGCAAUUCGAAGUCCUCCAUCAUGCUGGUCUCACCUCAUCCUAUACAAAGGCUGUUCGUGAUAUCAAAGCCCUCGGAGAAGAGCAACUAAAGAAGAUCAAGGCGAUUGUUGGGGAGCAGCGUCUUGAUAACAAAGAUCACUUUGACAAUGGCACCACUGCCACCCUGAUUCCAUUAUACGACGUCACUUUCGGUGAACUCAGUUUAGAGCUAAACCCAAUGCACCAGUCGCACUUGCCAAUACUGGAUUUCACUUACAAGGACCUGCUUCCUUCAGCAGAGCAGAUAGAACAGCUCGAGAAAUCAAUGGUCUGGCACAUCCAGGAUGUCCUGUUCGACAACUUUCCGGAGUUGCGUCAUCGCCUUGACACUGAGAUCCCACCUCUGCCAUUAGUACUUCCCAUCCCUGUCCACAAGACUGAGCAGUUUCCUCUUCUCGCGAUGCACAUCGACGAAUCCAGUCUUGACGGCACAGUGGAGGUUUUGGACACGAUUGUGCACAAGACGCUCAAGAUGACGGAGGACGAUGUGAAGAGGCAUGGCAUUAUCCUCUGUGCAGGUGACCAGUUGACAAUCUCAUUAUUGGACAAGAUCUCGGCAUCACGUCGCAAAGAUUCAGAGCUUCUGGACAAUAUUGGACGCUGGACAAGAGGACAACUGGGACUAUUCCAUGUCAAGAUUGCAGUGGAUCGCAUGAUUGCAAAUGAGCACUGGGGUACCCCUCCACCAGCGCAGGGUUAUGUGCUGUGA